UCGUAAAUUUUCCUUACGCAUGCCUUUUCCUUUUACUCUGAGGGACUAAUUGCUGUUUCAAUACAACCUUUUCGAGCACAACCACAUCGAGUAUACAACUGUAGUUAAUUUACUCUAAUCUGGUCCAGUGAUGGACUCUUAAUGAAUCUUUGCGACAUCAAUCUUAAUCAAUCUAACCAAUUGUUUUGCACCAUCACCUUUAAAAGACCAAAAUUUAGGUUAUUCUCUCUGUCUAUCAUCUUAUCAAGUCUUUCCCAUCUCCUCUUCAUUCAUUUAUAAUCUGCUUAUUCAAACAACUGGAUUAUCAUUUUGAUCACCAUCAUCAUUGCUCUUUACUGUUUCCCAUUCAAUUGUCAACAGUUUUUUAUUUACAUUUCUCGUUUAUAUUAGCAGCGAGUAAGUAAGCAAAGUCAAUCAACGACAACCUACAAAUCAGGUCAACGAUUAACAUCCAUCACCAUGGGCUGUGCCUUUACCAAACACCAUUUAAACAACAGCUCAGGGUGCAACUCAAGUGUCCGUAAAUCGGGUAACGUGUCCAAUAACCCAUUGGAAGUACCUGAACCUCCACCACCAGAUCCAAGGCUUCCUCUCAAUGCAAGGCAAAAAUUUCAAAUAACCAAAUCAUGGAAAGGUAUUCAAAGAGCCAUGGAACCAACUGGAGUAUCAAUGUUUAUCAAAUUAUUUGAAGAAAAUUCCGAAUUAUUAAAUUUAUUUACCAAAUUUCAAUCAUUAAAGACAAAAGAAUCACAAAGAGAAAGCAUGGAACUCGCUGAACAUGCAUCCAAAGUAAUGACAACCUUAGAUGAAAGUAUCAAUUCACUUGAUAAAGUGGACUUUUUCAUGGACUAUUUACACGCAAUUGGUCGUGAUCAUCGUAAAAUACCUGGCUUUAAGAAGGACUAUUUUUGGAAAAUUGAAAAACCGUUUCUUACAGCCGUUAAGGAUACUUUAGAGGAUCGCUAUACAGAUAACAUGGAAAAUAUAUACAAAAUUACUGUUCAUUUUAUUCUUGAAACGCUGAUAGCUGGUUAUGAGGAAGGUGAAGCCGAAGAAGGCAAUAAUGCAUCAACGGGUGAAGUCAACUUAACAAGAUCGACGAGUAAAGAAGAAACAGCGGAAAGGACAAUCAAUUAACCAAAUAAAGUGUGUUUUGUGAUUGAUCAGUGAUCAUUCAAAAGACCCUUACGGACCAAUUUUCAUCGAGAAAAACAUUUGUGAUUGUCUUACAAUCAAUGUAAAAUCAUGUGAAAUGCCAAGCCAUAUUGAACUGCCAAUGGAAGUAAUAAAUUGUUGUGACUUUGUGUUUCU